GUACUCCGUAUGCUCCGCUCUGCGGUGUAUCCCAUCUGCAAUUCCUCUUUACACACGCCGAUGACAAGAAGAAUUUAGUUCCUAUCAUUCUUUCUUCAAAUUCUAUUUGCCUCCAUCUACUCCCAAAGCACCACCAACAGCCAGUGCAUUCUCUUCUUUAAUUCUUCUGAUAACUAUUCCUUUUUCAUGGCCUAACAGAACCUUGAGCUUCUACCCAUAAGCAAAAGAGAAAAUUCAUUAUACACAACAUGGCAUCUCUUGGUGAAGAUCUGCUUGUUACUGUUAACAAGCUACAGGAUCUGGUCUUCAAUACAAUUGGAAAUGACUCUCUGGAUUUGCCGCAGAUUGUUGUGGUAGGAUCUCAGUCAUCUGGGAAGUCAUCUGUGUUGGAAAACAUUGUUGGUAGAGAUUUUCUACCAAGAGGAAGUGGCAUAGUCACCAGGCGCCCAUUGAUCUUGCAGCUUAUAAACAUUCCUAGCGAACGCCACGACAGGCCUGAAAGUGAUGAGAUCCAUGUACCUCACACGGCUGCCAGUGUAGCCGGUCAACACGAAUGGGCCGAAUUUCAUCAUCUGCCUGGUCGGAAGUUUGACGAUUUUGCUUUGGUCAAACAAGAAAUUGAAGCAGAGACCGCGCGAAUAGCUGGGAGCAACAAGGGAAUUAACAGACAGCCCAUUAAUUUGAAGAUCUUUUCCCCUCAUGUGCUUAACCUCACCAUGGUUGACCUACCAGGUCUAACCAAGGUGCCUAUUGGAGACCAACCCUCUGAUAUCGAGAAGCAGACCCGGAUGUUGAUUCUGGAGUAUAUUGCAAAGCCAAACAGCAUCAUCCUUGCCGUAUCCCCGGCCAACGUUGAUCUUGUCAACUCGGAGGCGCUAAAGCUCGCCCGUCAAGUGGACCCUAUGGGUAGACGAACAAUUGGUGUUUUAACAAAAUUGGAUCUUAUGGAUCAUGGCACCAAUGCUAUGGAUAUUCUAUCUGGUCGUGUCUAUCCUUUGAAGCUUGGGUUUAUCGGUGUUGUCAACAGAUCUCAACAAGAUAUCCAGUCUGGCAAGUCAUUAUCUACUGCGCUACAAGGGGAAGCUGAAUUCUUUCGACACCACCCUGCUUAUCGAAAUAUGGCAAACCGAUGUGGAACUCAUUUUCUUGCGAAAACUCUGAAUACUACUCUAAUGGCACAUAUUAGAGACCGGUUGCCGGACAUUAAAGCCCGCUUGAACACCCUGAUGGGCCAGACGCAACAAGAGCUCGCCAGCUAUGGAAACAAGCAGUUCAGCGGGAAGGAACACCGGGGGUCACUGAUACUGCAAUUGAUGACUCGUUUUGCGUCGUCUUUCAUUUCUUCGAUAGAUGGAACGUCGUCUGAAAUAUCGACCAAGGAGCUCUGUGGUGGUGCUCGGAUAUAUUAUAUUUUCAACUCCGUGUUCGGAAACUCUCUUGAAACAAUCGAUCCUACGCAUAAUCUGUCAGUGUCUGACAUUAGGACCGCAAUCCGAAACUCCACAGGGCCGCGUCCCAGCCUCUUUGUUCCUGAGCUUGCUUUUGACUUGCUUGUCAAGCCUCAAAUCAAAAUGCUAGAAUCUCCCAGUCAGAGAUGCGUUGAACUAGUUUAUGAGGAACUCAUUAAGAUAUGUCAUACGUGUGGCUCACAGGAACUCCUAAGGUUUCCCCGGCUUCAGGCGAAACUGAUUGAGGUGGUUUCUGACCUCCUCCGCGAACGUCUAGGGCCUUGCUCAGGAUAUGUGGAAUCACUAAUUUCUAUCCAAAGAGCCUAUAUUAACACAAACCACCCAAACUUUCUGGGUGCUGCAGCUGCAAUGUCUUCGAUCAUCCAAAACAAGCAAGAACAGGACAGAAAGGCGGCAUUGGCCGACGAUAGGAAAAAGCGAGAGAAACGCCGACUCAAGGAGCUCAAUGGUGCCAAUGGAACUGCUUCUGGUACACCGGAUGAUGAAGAGGAGCAGUACCCUGAGGCAAAGACACAAAAUAUCCAUAUCAGGGGUCAAUCAGCAAAAGGCUCCCGGAGCAUGUCUCCCCAUAUAGGCAAGGUUGCAGAGAACGGUAUCACAGCCACGCUUAAUGGUGCAAAUCCGAACUCCCAUGCUGUUUUUGGGGCUUCUAAUACCGCCCGUGAUUCUUUUCUCAACUAUUUUUUUGGGAAGGACGGUGUACAAAAUUCUGCUUCGCUUUCCCAGCCACCAAACCAGACCAAACAAGUCAACUACCCUGGCGAAUCUGGCAUUAGCCAAGGUAUCCGUCGAACAGAGGUUCGCUCCCCUACCAUGCCAUCUGAGGAUUAUACAGUCUCAUCGGAAUAUGGUAGCGAGCUGCAUCAAUUUUCGAUUGAUAAUCCGGAGCCCGCACUCAGCGACCGGGAAAUGUUAGAGACAGAGUUGAUUCGCCGGCUAAUUUCCUCUUAUUUUAAUAUCGUCAGGGAAACAAUUGCUGACCAAGUACCUAAAGCCAUCAUGCAUCUUCUUGUCAACCACAGUAAAGAUGUUGUGCAGAAUAGGCUUGUCAGUGAACUCUAUAAGGAGGAUCUUUUUGCCGAGCUCCUCUAUGAAGAUGACGGCAUCAAGGCAGAAAGAGAAAAGUGCGAAAGACUUCUAGAGACUUACAAAGAAGCAGCGAAGAUUGUUGGUGAAGUCUUGUAGUGGGGCACUUGGUGGGUUCGAGAAAUCCUGAUGGCGAAAUAUGGUGUUAUUUAUAUGGCACAGGACAUGCGGACUGAGACUUAGCUCUUUCUGCACCUAUACACAUUGACGGUACUGAUGGUUAGGGUAACAUGGUAAUUGAUUAAUGCAGCUGUUGUGGUUUAGUCCCUGUAUGCUAGGAUCUACGUUCUUAUUCAGUCAAUGUUUCAAUAAGACUUCUAUAUACUGCGUAACUGACAUCGUCG